AUCAGUGCACAAUGUACGGUUUUGCAACAGUGUGUGUGUGAAUUUGAAAGCAGACGUUAGUUGAAAAUAUUAUGGCAAGGCAAAUGGCUCACUCUCGAAUUCAGGAGAUUGACAGAUAUGACUUGACGGGAAAACGCAGAGCUUUGAUGUUGUGUACCACUCACGCUGGUGCUGAUGGCGACCUCAAAAUAAUGAAGAAACUUUUCGACGAUUAUGGUGUCCAGUUUGACCCACCUGUUAUUAACCAAACUGCAGAGGGAAUGAAGAAGGCAGUCUCUGACUUCAGAGACAGAAUCAACAGAAGCCCAGAAAACAUCAGCUGUGUUUUUGUAGUGACCACCUCCCAUGGAGGCCAGGAUGUCAUCGUAGAUGCAGACAACAACUGUCUGUCAGUGAAAGAUAUAAUUGAACCGUUUGGAGACGAGCUGUGCCCCAGGAUGAAGGGGAAACCCAAGGUCUUCAUCAUAGAUGCCUGUAGAGGGUCACGGAAUGAUUCUGGAGUGCUUCAAAACUCUUCUGCUGAUACUACACCAUCAAAGGCGGACGAAACAACACGAACAUACAGGUCCAGUCGAAUACCACCAUGUAUUAAUGAUAUGCUGGUUGCAUAUUCAGCUAUGACCGGUAAUUGCAUCAUUUACUUUUUAGAAUUGUUUUCAGUUUAAAAAUACAGAGACUUAGUUACUC